AUGGCCGGAAGCGUCAAACUGUCCCAACUUCAAAAUGCAGUUCAGGGUUUAGCAGCGACCGUAAUAAAGGAAUUCUGUCUUGACCCCAGCGACGUCAGCUACAACUUGGCUUGGGAAGCGUUGUGCAAUGCCUACGAUCAACGACGUGUUCUGGUCAACGAGCACUUCGACGCUCUGCUAAAGUUAGCUCCCGUUCAAAAUCCAACCGCCGAGACCACAGCCACCCUUAUGUACACCGUCCGUCAACACGUUAGCAUGCUCAAAACAAUGAACAUUACGAUCUGCGACGAAUUUGUCCUGCGGAUUCUAGAAAGAUGCCUGCCCGGGUAUCUCCUGUCGCGGUGGAUGGAUAAACACUCAAAUCGCGAAAUCCCCAAAUUAGAAGAAUUGUACAUUUUCGUUCAGGAUUCAAUAUUCAAACAACGAGCGAUAGGUGAACUUCCGAAACGAGAUUACCAGUCCAAAAGGAAAGGAGUAGGCAACAAGGCAGAACCCCCGGCGAAGGUCUCCAAAAACAUUACCAACACACUCGUUACCACUUCAGCGACCAACAACAACGCGUGCGUUAAAUGCGGUCAAUCCCACAGACUCUACAAAUGCGAAAAGUUCAACGAAGCGAAAUUGAACGAAAGAGCAAUAGACAACACGAAUGUCGUUUCAGAAAAAUACGCUACUGCCACUUUCUUUUCUACAUAUAAUGAUUCUAAACACCAAUUAAACUUCUUGAUUGUACCUAAAAUAGCUGAGAAGGUGCCUAAUGAGACUUUCCCUCGGGAGAAAUUCAACAUCCCUAAGAAUAUCAAAUUCGCAGAUCCCCAAUUUCACAUACCCAGACCCGUCGAUGUCUUACUAGCGUCAGGUCCAACCCUGUCUUCUCUUGCCAUAGGGCAAAUCAAGCUAAACGACGAAAGAUCCCAAAUCACUCUUCAAAAAACUUCUUUCGGCUGGAUAGCAGCCGGAGGAUCAAUCUUAUCAACGAUUUCCAACUCCGUUUCGUGCAAUGCGGUAAGGUUAGAUACGCUCUUAGAAAGAUUCAUGGCGAUGGAAGACGUGGAUUAUCAACCCAUCAAAUCAGAAGAGGACGUAGCGUGCGAGAGGUACUUCGUUCAAACCACGACACGCGAUACUUCAGGUCGCUAUAUCGUUCGUCUGCCGUUUCGAUCAGGCAAAUUCGAAAUAGGUUCGUCAAAACACCAAGCGUUACAGCGUUUUCAGGCGCUGCAACGCAAAUUUGAAGCUAACUCUAGGUUCCGAGCAGAAUACGAGAAGGAAUUCGACGGGUACCUGGAACUUGGCCACAUGACACUGUGCGAGGGCGACGACAACGAUGGUUACUACUUGCCUCACCAUGCGGUGAUCAAGGAGUCCAGCGAAACGACAAAAUGUCGUGUUGUUUUCGAUGCUUCUGCGAAAUCCUCCACGGGCAUUUCGUUGAACGAUAUGUUGUUGACUGGGCCGACCAUUCAGGAAACUCUGUGGGAACAAAUUUUGCGAUUCCGUUCUCAUUCCUUCGUCAUCACUGCCGACAUCGAAAAGAUGUACCGACAAAUCUGGAUUCAUCCCGACGACAGGAAGUUCCAGAAGAUCUUGUGGUACCACGAAGGCGAAAUUCGAACUUUCGUUCUCAACGUCGUAACUUUCGGGGUGAAGUGUGCUCCCUUUCUCGCAAUUCGAACAUUGCACCAGUUAGCCGUUGAUGAAGAAAGCAGAUUCCCAAGGGCCGCAAUGUUACUUCGUCGAGACUUCUACGUUGACGAUUUCCUUUCAGGUGCAGACACGCUGGGGGACAUCAUGAGGAUUCGCGACGAGAUGAUCAAACUCUUGAGUCGCGGGGGUUUCGUAAUACGAAAAUGGUCCUCUAAUCACCCGUCAGCGUUAGACGACAUCGACAAAAACAUCUUCGAUUUAGACUGUGGCAUACAAGGAAAUCCCAUAAAAAAGACCCUCGGAAUUAUCUGGGACUCGCAACGAGACGUCUUCACAUAUUCCGCAAACCUGACUCGCUUAUUAGGUCCUUUAACCUUGUAUGCCAAAACGUUAAUUCAGGAAUGUUGGAAAGCUAACAUUACCUGGGACGAAUCCCUACCUCAAGACAUCCACACCAAGUGGAUAGCUUUAGCUGAACAACUCCCUUUAGUGCGAGAACUUGCGUUACCAAGAUAUCUGCGAUAUGACAUCGCAAACCCAAUAUCCACCGAGAUACACGGCUUCUGCGACGCGUCGAUUAAAGGAUACGGCGCGUGCAUCUACAUCCGUUCCGUUGAUUCCGUAGGAAAUGUUACUGUUAGGUUAGCUUGCAGUAAAUCCAAGGUCGCUUCGCUUAGUCAUCACACCAUACCUCGUUUAGAACUCUCUGGCGCUGCCCUUCUGAAAAGACUAUAUGUCGAACUGGUGACCCAGCUGACUUUUAAUAUCGUACGAACAAUUCUUCGAACGGACUCAAGAAUCGUUCUCUGCUGGUUAGAUAAAGCUCCUCAUCUACUUAGAACAUACGAGGCAAACAGAGUCGCUGAUAUUCAAUCGCUAGGUGAGAAAGUCGAGUGGAAGCAUGUUCGUUCGAAGGACAAUCCAGCCGAUUCACUAUCCCGUGGACAAUUACCUAGGGAACUUUUAGCUAACCCCCUCUGGCAUUCAGGCCCUCCAUGGUUAGUUCUUCCCGAAGAUCAAUGGCCUUCAUCGGAAGAAUCCUCAUUAGGUGAUCCCCUAGAAGCGAAAGAGGGAAUCGUUUUGUUUACAACCUCUUCCGGGAGUAACAUCUGCUCUCGUUUCUCUGAUUACGGGUGUCUUAUUAGGUCCAUUGGAUAUCUUCUCCGUUGGAGUAGAAGAAAAUCACAACCAGACGAUACUCAAAUAGCGAGUAAAUCGCAACGAGGGAUUCGUUAUCUUUCCCAAGCCGAAAUAGUUUACGCUGAACUCCAGAUCCUCCUUCUUAUUCAAAGAGAAUGUUUUAGUUCCGAGAUUAGAUUGCUCAAUUCUACUACGAAAUUAAUAUCUAAAUGUCCCAACGGCGCUUUCAGGAGUCGAACGAAGUUCGACGAACUCAAUCCCUUCUUAGACGAGUAUGGACUGAUCAGAGUAGGCGGUCGGUUGAAGAAUUCAAAUCUUCAAUUCAACCAAAAAUACCCUAUUCUGCUACCCAGUAACCAUCACGUGUCAGAUCUCAUCAUCCGCGACGCUCAUCAUCGAAAUCUUCACGGAGGGGUUCAAUCCACUCUUUAUAGGAUACGCGAAAGAUUUUGGAUUCUCAACGGUCGAAACCAGAUUCGACAUGUCUUGCGCCGCUGCGUACCCUGUCUUCGGCAAAGGCCAAACUUCUCACAUGCCAAGAUGGCAGACCUUCCUGAAUCUCGAGUAAACCCUGCGUUUCCUUUCGCGAAGACCGGCGUCGAUUUUUUUGGUCCGAUUAUGAUCAAGGAGAAAAGAGAUCGAAAUCGAAGCUUCCUUAAGGCGUACGGGUCCGUUUUCGUUUGCAUGGCCACUAAGGCUGUCCACAUCGAGGUAGCAUCCGAUCUCUCAGCCGAGGGCUUCCUUGCGUGCUUUCGUCGGUUCGUUGCCACGCACGGCAAACCGACCACCAUGUAUUCUGAUAACGGUACCAACUUUGUGGGCGCGAACAGCGAACUGCAAAGGAUUUACCAAUUGCAUGAUUCACCUGAAUUUAAGGACGCGAUUCAAACCUUUGCUGCAGCCGAACGGAUUGAAUGGAACUUUAAUCCCCCUCUUUCACCGCACUUCGGCGGUUUGUGGGAGGCGGCGGUUAAGAGUUUCAAACACCAUCUAAAUCGUGUUAUUAAGGAUCAAAAGCUCACAUACGAGCAGUUGGAAACAUUAUUAAAGGAAAUCGCCGCUGUGUUAAAUUCUCGACCAUUAUACGCGAUUUCUGCCGACCCAAAUGACUCCCUUGCAAUAACUCUAGCUCAUUUUUUAAUCGGGCGUUCUUUCAAUUUCUUACUCGACCAAAAUUAUGUUUCAGUUCCGGACAAUCGUCUCACCUCCUAUCAGCUCGUCUCUAAAGCUAGACAAGCCUUCUGGAGCAAAUGGCACAAGGAGUACUUGCAUGAACUGCAAACUCGUCAGAAGUGGUUGACUUCCGGAACUGCAUUAUCAAUUGGAUCUGUGGUUGUGUCCAUGGAGGACAACCCUGCUUGCGCAAGAUGGCCCCUGGGAGUCGUCGUGGAAAUCCACCCUGGGAGCGAUGGCAUUGUUCGAGUGGCAUCGGUGAAGAUGGCUUCCGGAAUCUACAAACGGAACAUUACUCGGCUCUGCGUACUCCCUGUAGAUCAGGAAAACGCGGACCCGUUGGAGUCUCAAGUCACCCUCCCGAAUUCGUAA